UCCGACGACUGUACGGCGGACCUGGCUGUAGUUUUCGUUUAAAAAAGAGAAGAAGAGGUACGUACAAGGACAGCGAUUACGGACAAAAUAUAUGACGUCCUUUGAGAUUAUUUGAGUUUGAAGAUCGGUCCCCUGUUGAUUCAGAUAGCAACGACAAGCAGGUAGGUCCAUAGAGGGAGGACAAGAGAGUGGAGUCAUGUCAGCCAGAGGGGGGAAGAAGAAGAGCACAAAGCUGUCCCGCUCAGCGCGGGCCGGCGUCAUAUUCCCGGUGGGCAGGAUGAUGCGCUACCUUCGCACCGGCACACACAAGUACCGCAUCGGCAUGGGCGCGCCCGUCUACAUGGCCGCCGUCAUCGAGUACCUGGCAGGUGAGCUACCCAAACACUCGAGUACCUGGCAGGUGAGCUACCCAAACACUCGUACCUGGCAGGUGAGCUACCCAAACACGAGAGAAUGCAUCAAUUCUGUCAUUGCUGCCACUGAGCAUGUUCACAUGGACAUUAAUAUUCUGGUAUUAACCCGGAUAAGGCAAUACUCAGAAGACAACAUCGUGCUCAUGGGUGUGUUUGAUGCCAGUCUCCUGCGAGCCGUUACCAUCUCCAAUGGAGGCGUGCUGCCCCGUAUCCACCCCGAGCUCCUGUCCAAGAAGAGGGGCGGCCGGGUCAAGGUGGAGCCCCAGGUCAUCGUGGCCGAGAAGACGAACCGCGGGAAGGGCGUGAAGAGGCCACCGGGCAAGAGGAACAAAGGGAAGCCAGGACGCAAGCCCAAGAAGAUCACAGAGAAUGACAAAGAGCCGAGCAGCAGCUCGCCCGCAGAUGACGGUCUGGGCGACGGCUUCACCAUCCUCUCCGCCAAGAGCCUCUUCCUCGGACAGAAGGUCUCCCUUACAGAGAGUGAAAUCGGUAAAAUCGGCACCAUCAAAGUGGAGGGAAUCAUCAACCCCACCAACGCUGAGAUCGACCUGAAGGACGGAUUCGGUACGGCACUGGAGAAAGCAGGAGGCAGAGAGUUUCUGGAGGCAGUAAAAGAGCUGAGGAAAUCACAAGGCCCCCUGGAGGUGGCCUCAGUGGUGGUGAGCCAGGCGUCCGGUAUGGCGGCUCGUUUCGUGAUCCACUGUAACGUGCCUCCGUGGGGUUCGGACAAGUGUGAGGAGCAACUGGAGAAGGCCGUCAAGAACUGCCUCUCCGCCGCCGAGGAGAAGAAGCUCAAAUCAGUCGCCUUCCCUCCACUCCCAUCCGGCAGAAAUGGUUUCCCCAAGCAGACAGCAGCCCAGCUCAUCCUGAAGGCCAUCUCCAGUCACUUUGUUAGCACGACGACCUCCUCUCUGAAAAACAUAUACUUUGUGCUGUUUGACAGCGAGACCAUCGGCGUCUACCUGCAGGAGUUGGCCAAGCUAGACGCCAAGUGAGGAGAGCCAACCAAUCACAGCGCUUCAUUCCUGCGUUUUUGUUUUUUAUUUUUGUUCGUUUUGUUUUGAUUUAUAACGUUUUGGCGGUUGCCAUGGAGAUUCCAGAUAGACGUUUCUGCAGAUGGCAUUGUGUUCGAUUGAAGAUUCCGUACGUAGAUGUGGUUUUUAAAGGAGGGGUUAAAAAAAAAGAAAGUCUUUUUUGACAAAUGUUUUGAGAAAGGAUAUUUGUGAGUGUUGUACUGUGUUUUGCCUUUAUGUUCCACUGUUUUCUCUCUUGUGAGGAUGCUCAUGUGUGUAGGAUAGAUUAAACAGACCCACCCAC